UAGAACGGAGGCUGUAGCGUGUAAUCGGAGGCUGCGCACGCGUUGCUAGAUCUCCCGAGUCUAGAUGCAGCGCGCGCGCACAUGCCGGCAGUCGCACGGCCAGCGUAGCGGCGCAUAGUCGAGUACGUGGUACGCGAACCACCGCUCCAGAACGCUUUCUCGAACGCAUUUACGAUAACUUUGCACGAUUUUAUGAUUUUAUUUGUGGAUACAUAAAGUGAAUAAUAAACUGGUGUGAUAAAAGCUUAUUACCAUGUCCGGUUGAACAUUUCGUUUAUUGUGUAACGCUGAAAACUGUCCAAAUGAAGAUGACUGUAAAUCGUAUAAGGGUGGUUGUGCUUGGGAGCCCUCGGAGUGGGAAAUCGGCGGUGGUUGUGCGGUACCUCACAAAGCGCUAUAUUGGAGAAUACAGCUCUACCGGGGAUUUCCUGUACACACAUAGAGUGGCGUUCGACGGCGCGGUUUCAGAGGUCGAAAUAUUGGACACCUCAAAUUGUGCGAUGCGUGGAUGCCUGGGCGAGCACGUGCGCUGGGGCGACGCGUUCGCGGUGGUGUACUCCGUGUGCGAGCGCCGCUCCUUCCUGGCGGCGGCCGAGCUGCUCUCGCUGCUGGCGCAGACGCGCCUGCCCAGCUGCGCCGCGAUCACUCUCCUGGGCAACAAACGAGACCUCGAACACGCCAGGGAGGUCCAUGCAGAGGAGGGACAGGAGUUGUCGCUGCGGUUCGGCUGUCAGUUCUACGAGGUGUCAGCGGCGGAGUCGUCCGCGGGCGCCGCACUCGCCUUCCACGCAUUGCUGCGUGAAGCGCGUUCUUUAGCUUUACUACUACCCGCGCCCAGACGAAAGCUCGCCGCCUACUCUGUUUCCAAGGUAAUCGGAACGAUAUUCGGAAAAAAUAGUAAAAGUGUGCGAAAGAAACGACCGUCGCUUAGUAUUUAAGUUUAUUUAUUGUCAAGAUUUACUCUCAUAGACUGUUUAGUUUAAAUAGGUAAUUUAAGCUGUACAAUGUACAUAAUAGUUGUUUUAUUUUGGGUCCAAUAUCAUUAGUUUGUGUUUAGGUUAAUAGGCGGGCGUGGCGUGGUAGCCGGCGUGAUACCAAAAUAAUGUAAGAACAAGCCCGAUGCUAAAAGUAUCUGGUGGGCUUAGGGCACGUGAGUAAUGAUUUCUAUGGGGUCUUCUAUGAUUUCUAAAAGUGGGGUUCUACGAUAAUGGGGAUGAUACCUAUGUCAAAAAUAAAUUAUUUCUUAGUAAUUCUUAAAUAGAUUGCCUCCCAAAAUCCACAUUCAAUGCUAUAGUUUUAAGUUUGCUAACCAUUUUAAAUUAUCGAUUUAACUAAAAAAGUACGUCAAAUUACGUCAAAUGUGUAUGACGUCACAUCUGUGAAUUUCAUACAAGCUCCCUUACUAAGCGAAAGUUUUGACGUUUGAUAAAAAGUCGCUGAUUUGACUAGUAGUCAUCAUCCCUAUUGCCGCGUCCGCCACCGCGCCCGCGCUUUGCUGAUUUUACAAUAACUGGUACUUACAACUUUACAGCUGACUGAGGGUAUUAUAAAUUAGUAUACUAUUUAAAUAUCUAGUAUACUGAUUGCUAUGUUCUGUAUUAUUUAACGUUCUUAAGCGUAGACUGACUCAUCUUAAAACGUUAUAAAGUCUCUACCAUAAAUAAAUAAGGGGAGAUUAUUUUUAAAGAUAAAAUAAUAUACAGUGGCGUAGCGAGGGGGUGUGGUUGCUAGGGUUAUAGAGGCCUUUGCUAGAGGCGGUAAAGAAUAUUCGAAUUUUUUUUUACUUAAGUAAUAAUUUUUUGUUACAAUUUUGGAAAGUUAUGGUGUUUUAAUUAGUAGCUUACGUUUAUUUCUGUGCUCAAGACAGGCUUGAAAUAAUAGUGUGGUGAAGUUUUAUAUCCGUAUUAAACUCGAGAUAUAAAUAGGCACCCGGUAGGCAAGUCCCACCUACACACAUAUUAUGAGAUUAUGGCUUUGUGACAUACUUAAUUUGAGUUUAUUUAAAAAUAAUUUGUAUGAUUGGCUUUAAAUGCUCAAAUGAUUUUAAUGAUAACUUCAAUCUGAGUUACAGACAUUGUAACAAUGAAAUAAUGUAUAUAAGUAGACUUUUUUUUUAA